AGUUUGGCGGUGCCGCCCCUGCCCGAACUGCUUCAGGCCACUCUCAAGAAGCUGAACACUCAGCCUAUCCAGGCUAUUGAGGAGGUCAACAUGUUCAAGAGCGACGGCAACGUCAUUCACUUCUCCGCCCCUAAAGUCCACGCUGCUGUCCCCUCUAACACCUUCGCCAUCUACGGUGCUGGUGAGGACAAGGAGCUGACCGAACUCGUGCCCGGCAUCCUGAACCAGCUCGGCCCCGAUUCCCUUGCCUCUCUACGCAAGCUGGCCGAGAGCUACCAGAGCAUGACCAAGGACAACAAGGACGGUGAUGCUGACGAUGAUGACAUCCCCGACCUUGUCGCUGGCGAGAACUUCGAGAGCAAGGUAGAAUAGAAGAUGCCUUUGCAAGUAUAGAGCUCCCCGCGACAAUGGAACGACUAACCUCACACCGACACGACUGACGAGAACAUGGCAUCGCAUUCGGACAUUUGUAUCAUUGAUUCAAAUAGGAAAGAAUUGAAAUGGAUGGA